GCGAGGCGUAUUUAAAUGUAGUGGCGAUGCUGUGCAGACUCAGUGAGGCUGUGAGUGUCUGAGAGAGGAUUUAUCUGACCUGGAGGAUGUCUUAUUACGAACACAUUAUAUUUGAGGAUGAUAUCCUCAGUGAUAACCUGACCGAGUUUGGCUCUGGAGACAUCGGCGCCGAUUUUGAGACGCCAUGCAACCGCGAGGGGAACCAGGACCUGCAGAGGAUUUUGCUUCCCACGGUGUACGGUGUGAUCUUCGUGCUGGGGCUUGUGGGUAACGGGCUGGUGGUGGUGGUGAUGGGGUGCCAGAGGAAGUCACGCACCAUGACCGACCGCUACCGGCUGCACCUGUCCGUGGCCGACCUGCUGUUCGUGCUGUCGCUGCCGUUCUGGGCGGUGGACGCGGCAGGAGGCUGGCGCUUCGGCGGCUUCAUGUGCGUGCUCGUGCACAUGGUGUACACGGUGAACCUGUACGGCAGCGUGCUCCUGCUCGCCUUCAUCAGCCUGGACCGCUACCUGGCCGUGGUGCACGCCACGAGCAGCCAGGCCACGCGCCGCCUGCUGUCCGAGCGCGUGGUGUACGCGGGCGCGUGGCUCCCCGCGGCGCUCCUCACGGCGCCUGACUUGGCGUUCGCGCGCGCCGAGGAGGUCGGCGGCGGUGCCGAGACGCGCGUCGUGUGCGAGCGCAUCUACCCGACGGACACGGCGCUCGCGUGGAUGGCUGCGUUCCGCGCGCAGCACGUGCUCGUCGGCUUCGUGCUGCCCGGUCUCGUGAUCCUGGUUUGCUACUGCGUCAUCAUCGUCACGCUGUCGCGCGGCUCCAAAGGGGCGCAGAAGAGGCGCGCGCUGCGCACCACCGUGGCGCUCGUGGCGUGCUUCUUCGCGUGCUGGCUGCCCUACUGCGCGGGCAUCGUCGUCGACACGCUCCUGCAGCUCGGCGUCAUCGCGCACAGCUGCGCGCUCGAGAGCGGCCUCGAGACGUGGAUCUUCGUCACCGAGGCGCUCGCGUACUUCCACUGCUGCCUCAACCCGAUCCUCUACGCCUUCCUCGGGGUCAAGUUUAAGAAGUCGGCGCGGCGCGCGCUCACCACCGGACGCGGGUCCAGUCUCAAGAUCCUCUCCAAGAAGAAAGGAGGCAUGUCCUCGGUGUCCACGGAGUCCGAGUCGUCGAGCUUUCACUCCAGUUAACGCCCAAAAAUAUCACGCGAACUUCUCUUAGAUUAAAAAACAUAAUGUAAAUAUCCAUAUGGACUGAAGUGACUGAAUGAGCAGGCUGAGCCUGUGCUCAAAAUGACUCAAGAUUUUAGCACAUUGUUGUGUCAUAUUGCGUUAAAUGUGUGUUAAAUUUGUGUUAUGAAGAACUGCACAACAUCUCAACUUAGCAAAAAGCAUCAGAAUAUCGUCCAUCCAUCCAUCCAUCCAUCCACCUAUCCAUCCAUGCAUCCAUCCAUCCAUGCAUGUAUCUGCUCUUGGCUUUCUGUCACAUCUACAUUCCUGUCAGGGUUUUCAUUUUUUUUUUUUUAUUAUUUUAUUUUUCCAUGAUUUAGAUGGACACUGAGUGGUCAGAAGACUCUGUUAUCACUAAUUUAGCACAUUAUGUCAUGUUGUGUUAAAUGUGUGUUAUGAUGAACUGUACAGCAUCAUGAGAUUGCAAAAAUCAUCAGAAUGUCAUCCAUCCAUCUAUCAGUCUAUCCAUCAUAACAUUCUGUCACAUCUACAGUGUAUUACUGACUGCUUUUCAUGUUCUUAUUAUUUGAUUUUUUUCCUGAUUUGGGGUUAGAUGAGUGUCUGCUGAACACACUGGUUGUGUUAAAAAAGAAAGAAAGAAAGAAAAAGAGAAAGAUUUGGGUUUCCCAGGACCACAGAUGUGUUAACAAAAUAACACCAUGUGCUGUUUUUCUCACGUCUGUUUUGACAACCUAGCGGAUGGAAAUACCAGGAACUGACCCUUUUUUUUUUUUUUUUUUUGUCUUAUUGUCUCUCUGAUUCUGCACUUAUGUACAUCAUGGCUCUUAUUUAUUGUGUUUACAUAUUUGACUGAUGAGAAAUGGCAGUAAAAUCCUGCAGGGAUUGAUGAGUGAGUGUCGCUGUGUGUUGUUUUCAUAUCAGCUGCUGUGUAUAGCUGUGUUUUAGAGUCCUUGUAAUAAAAAAAGAUUUUUUUUGUUUAAAAAUAA